GAUGAUGACUACCUUUGUAUGUGAACUGUGCCCGGGAUGAUGAAGAGCAGAACCUGGUGGCCUUUCAAUACCACAGGCAGAUUUUCUACCGAACCUGCCGGGUCAUCAGGCCGGGCUGUGAGCUGCUGGUCUGGUUCGGGGACGAGUAUGGCCAGGAGCUGGGCAGCAAGUGGGGCAGCAAGUGGAAGAGAGAGCUCGCAGCCAGGAGAGCAAAACCAAAGCCAGACAUGCAUCCAUGUCCUUCCUGCUCUCUGGCCUUCUCCAGUCAGAAAUUCCUCAGCCAACAUGUGAAAGUCAAUCAUCCCUCUCAGAUUCUCCUGGGAACAUCUGCAAGAAAACACCUCCAAGUAGGGGAACCCUGUCCAGAGGAUCGGAAUCAGCAGCAACAACAUACUCGUACACCCAGCUGGAAUGAUAAAGCUGAAGGUCAAGAGGUCAAAGAGAGGUCAAAACCUUUGCUUAAAACAAUCAGUCAGAGGAGAAUCUCAAGACCCUUUUUCCAACCUUCCAAAGAACGAAUGAGGAGCUCUAGUGGGCAUGAGAGAAUGAUGGAGGGAGAGCCCCACAAAGACCAGAAAGAGAGUCCAGAGGACACAGGCAAGUUCUUUGGUAAAGUAGGAAUGUCAAGAAUUGUAACAAACAAGCAUAGAGGGUGUGGGCAAGGCUUCAGUGAUGGGUCACAUCUCAUCAGAGACCAGAGGACACACUCAGGGAAGAAGCCCUAUGUUUGCAGGGAGUGUGGGCGAGGCUUUACACGGAAGUCACAUCUUGUCACACACCAGAGGACACACUCAGGGGAGAAGCCCUAUGUUUGCAGGGAGUGUGGGAGAGGCUUUGCAUGCAAGUCAGGUCUCAUCAUGCACCAGAAGACACACUCAGGGGAGAAGCCCUAUGUUUGCAGGGAGUGUGGGAGAGGCUUUACACAGAAAUCAGUGCUCAUCAUACACCAGCGGACACACUCAGGGGAGAAGCCCUAUGUUUGCAGGGAGUGUGGGAGAGGCUUUGCAUGCAACUCACAUCUCAUCAGACACCAGAAGACACACUCAGGGGAGAAGCCCUAUGUUUGCAGGGAGUGCAGACGAGGCUUUACACGCAAGUCAGUUCUCAUCAUACACCAGAGGACACACUCAGGGGAGAAGCCCUAUGUUUGCAGGGAGUGUGGGAGAGGCUUUACACAGCAGUCAAAUCUCAUCACACACCAGAGGACACACUCAGGGGAGAAGCCCUAUGUUUGCAGGGAGUGUGGGAGAGGCUUUACACGGAAGUCAGUUCUCAUGAUACACCAGAGGACACACUCAGGGGAGAAGCCCUAUGUUUGCAGGGAGUGUGGGCGAAGCUUUACAAGGAAGUCAGUUCUCAUCAUACACCAGAGGACACACUCAGGGGAGAAGCCCUAUGUUUGCAGGGAGUGCAGGCAAGGCUUUACAUGCAAGUCAGGUCUUAUCACACACCAGAGGAUACACUCAGGGGAGAAGCUCUAUGUUUGCAGGGAGUGUGGGAGAGGCUUUACACAGCACUCAAAUCUCAUCACACACCAGAGGACACACUCAGGGGAGAAGCCCUAUGUUUGCAGGGAAUGUGGGCGAGGCUUUUCACGGAAGUCAAUUCUCAUCACACACCAGAGGACACACUCAGGAGAAAGCCUAUGUUUGCAGGUAACCUGAGUGAGUCAUUAGCAU